AUGGCCCCAGCUGCAUCAUCUACUGCUAAGAAGCCAUCCCUGAGGACAUUGACGACCAAGUUGAAGGACAUCCAGUCAUCAUUCAAUGAUAUUUGGCAGUUUGUUGAGGAUUUCACAGAAGAUACCACCGUUACGGAGGUGGAAAUUCGAUUGCAGAAACUCGACGAGCUGUGGGAAAAAUUUGGUGACACUUUAGUCGAAAUAAAGUCACACGAUGAUUUCCCUACUGAUGGCGAAGGAUACGAGAAGGAACGAAAAGAAUUCAGCGAUCACUACUAUCGUGCGAAAUCAUUUCUUGUGGAUAGAGCUAAAGAACGACAGGAGCACUCGGUGUUAGAACAGUCGAUGCGUGUUGGUGACAGCUCGAUUCAGGGUACGCUCGAUCAUGUGCGCCUACCACAAAUAAAGCUUCAAUCAUUUGAUGGUAAUAUCGAUGAAUGGCUAAGCUUCCGGGAUCUUUUUACUUCCCUUAUCCACUGGAAGUCUGACCUACCGGAAGUGGAGAAAUUCCACUACCUUAAGGGAUGUUUACAAGGCGAACCAAGGAGUCUUAUUGAUCCUUUGCAGAUCACUAAGGCAAAUUACAUAAUCGCAUGGGAAAUGUUGUUGAAAAGGUACAAUAACAGUAAACUUUUAAGAAAGCGACAGGUGGAGUCGUUGUUGAAGUUGCCAAAUAUUUCCAAGGAGUCCGCAGCUGAACUACAUGUCCUCCUCGAAGGCUUCGAAAGAGUCGUUCAGACUCUAGAUCAAACAAUACAACCAGGAGAUUAUAAAGAUUUGCUACUUAUAAAUCUUCUGGCCACGCGGCUGGACCCAGUGACUCGUAGAGGGUGGGAGGAGUUUUCGUCGAGUAGGGAUGUGGACACUUUGAAGGAUCUUACAGACUUUCUUCAUCGCCGUCUUCAGGUGUUGGAAUCACUACCGGCAAGAUCAGCGGAUAGCAAGGGCAAUCAUCAGAUCCAAGCGUCUUCGAAACAAAAACCAGCUGCUUUGAAGGCCAGCUAUAGCAUAACACAAGCCUCAGGGGGGCGUUGUGUGGCGUGUGCGGCGAGCCAUCCACUUUAUCAGUGUGGUACAUUUCAGCGUAUGUCAGUGACAGAACGGGACGUUCUUCUACGGACUCACUCUCUAUGUCGCAACUGUUUCCGACACGGACACCUGGCUAAGGAUUGUCAAUCAAAAUUCUCGUGCCGGAAUUGCAAGGGUCGUCACCAUACGAUGGUCUGUUUUAAACGGGAAAGGGAUAGCAACAGCAAGGAGACUGCGGUUGCAAAUGACAGAAAUGCUGUUACUUCCAAGGAAUCUCAAGCUUCUUCCUCUGGCUCUCAAGUGACCAAUCUUGCUGCCACUAACGUAUCAGUAUCUAAUGCUGCCCAACAGUUUUCAUCCCAGGUGUUGUUGGCUACCGCAAUAGUCAUCGUAGAAGACGAUGAUGGCAGAGAGUUUCCUGCGCGAGCUCUUCUGGACUCCGGAUCGGAGAGCAAUUUCAUUACAGCACGAUUGAGUCAACGACUAAAGGUUAAUCGAGAAACAGUGAAUAUUUCGGUUCUCGGGAUUGGCCAGAUCAUUACUAAGGUUAAACAGCGCAUUUCAACUACAAUUAAAUCACGAGUUUCUCCAUUUUCACGUGAUUUGAGUUUUUUGGUAUUACCAAAGGUGACGGUGAAUCUGCCGACCGCCAGUAUCAAUUCAUCAGGAUGGGAGAUUCCAAGUGGAAUUCAGCUAGCAGAUCCUUCGUUUUGUGUUUCCAAAGGUAUAGAUAUGGUACUUGGCAUAGAAGCCUUUUUCGAUUUCUUCAUCACUGGUCGCAAAAUAUCUCUCGGGAAACAAGUUCCGAUAUUAAACGAAUCAGUUUUUGGAUGGGUGGUGUGUGGUGGUCUGUCAGGCCCUAGUCAAUCGUUGCAAACUAGUUGUAACAUAUCAUUGUCAGAAGACCUAGAUACGCUAAUGACACGUUUUUGGGAAUGCGAGGAGAUAGAAACAACCAGCAACUAUUCACCGGAGGAAGCACGAUGUGAAGCUUUAUUCUCACAAACGGUUCAACGUGCACCAAAUGGACGAUAUACUGUUUCACUACCAAAGAACGAAACAGUACUGGCACGGAUGGGCGAUUCAAGGGAUAUCGCAUUUCGACGACUCCUGGGAACGGAGCGCAGAUUGGCAAAGGAUGCUAAUCUGAGAGAGCAGUACGUCUCGUUUAUGGAUGAGUAUUGUCGCUUAGGGCACAUGCGACGGAUUUCUAUCACAGCCCAAGAUAACGUAAAAAGAUGUUAUCUGCCCCAUCAUCCGGUGCUAAAGGAAGCUAGCACCACAACAAAGGUUCGAGUGGUUUUUGAUGCCUCGUGCAAAACUUCUACGGGCGUCUCCCUAAACGAUAUGCUUCUAGUUGGGCCAGUAAUUCAGGAGGAUUUGCGGUCAAUAAUAAUGCGAUGCCGAACCAAGCAAAUAAUGAUCGUAGCCGACGUGGAAAAAAUGUUCCGACAAAUCUACGUGGAACCGGAAGAAAGGCCACUGCAAUCUAUUCUGUGGCGUGAAUCUCCUUCAGUAGAAGUAGAAACCUACGAGCUCAACACCGUCACUUACGGGACGAAACCAGCACCGUUUUUAGCAACGCGUACUCUGAAACAAUUGGCUUUAGACGAAGAAAGUCGCUUUCCAUUGGCCUCUAAGGUAGCCAUCGAAGAUACGUACAUGGACGACGUAUUGACAGGAUCGGAUGAGGUAAAAGAUGCAGUUGAAUUGAGAAUUCAAUUGGAUGAAAUGAUGCUCAGUGGUGGAUUCCAUCUGAGAAAAUGGGCAUCGAAUUCUCCUCUAGUGCUAAAUGGAAUUCCUGCGGAAAAUUUAGCGUUACGUAAUGAGAACGGAAUCUCAUUGGACCCCGAUUCAUCGAUUAAGACGUUAGGGCUUACCUGGAUGCCAAACACAGAUGAUUUUAGAUUCCAAUUUAACAUACCAAUGCUUGAUACUACAAAAACAUUAUCUAAACGACAAAUCCUCUCUAUAAUAGCCACGCUAUUCGACCCAUUGGGUCUCAUAGGUGCAACAAUUACUACCGCAAAAUUGUUCAUGCAACUUUUAUGGACAUUGAGAGACAAUAACGGCAAAAGAUUAGAAUGGGAUAGCCCUCUACCUCCAACGGUGGGUGAGAGUUGGAGAAAAUUUCACCUAAAACUUCCGUUUUUGAACGAAAUACGGAUUCCUCGAAGCGUAAUUCUACCUAGUGCUGUUACAAUCGAAUUGCAUUGCUUCUCUGAUGCAUCGGAGAAGGCAUAUGGAGCAUGCAUCUACAUUCGUAGUCAAAAUACAGAUGGUAAGGUGGCAGUCCGUCUUUUAGCAUCAAAAUCAAAGGUUGCUCCACUAAAAUGCCAAACAAUACCGAGACUAGAACUAUGCGGGGCACUAAUAGCUGCGCAGUUAUUUGAGAAAGUUCGGCGAUCCAUCAGAAUUGCAACACCGGUUUUCUUUUGGACAGAUUCCACUUGUGUGCUACGCUGGCUAAUGGCUAGUCCAAAGACCUGGAGCACCUUCAUCGCGAAUAGGGUGUCCAAAAUACAAAAUCUUUCAGACACUGGAAACUGGCGCCACGUUCCUGGUUCAAAUAACCCUGCAGAUUUGAUUUCAAGGGGUUUGACUCCCGAAGAUAUUGUUGAUAACGUGUUUUGGUGGCAUGGCCCUGACUGGUUAGCAGAGCCACAUGACCAAUGGCCUCAGUUUCCGGGCGAUCUGAGUAGCGAAGAAGGAAAUGAGGAAAUGCGACGAGUAAUUGUAUCUGCCGCAAUCUCACCUAUAUCAGAGUUCAACGAUUGGUACAUCGGAAAAUUUUCUACAUAUACGGAUUUAAUACGACGUACAGCGAUUUGGUUGCGACUAAUCAAAUUACUGCGCUCUCCGAAAGGCAGCAACCGUUCCGGGUUUCUUGCAACCAACGAACUACGAGAAGCAGAGCAUCUCUUGGCUCGGCGUGUACAAUUAGAAGCAUUUGCUGAGGAAUGGAAGGCACUCAAAAGGGGUGAGUCUGUAUCAGGUCAAUCAGCGUUACGAUGGUACAAUCCAAGUAUCACAAAGGAUCACCUCAUUAGGUUGGGAGGACGUUUGAUGCACUCUCAGGAAUCAGAUGAUACGAAACAUCCAAUACCACUUCCAGCUCGGCACCGGUUCACCCGAAUGAUGUUGCAGCAUUAUCAUGAGCGUUUGCUUCAUGCAGGCCCACAACUGCUUUUAAGCGUCGUUAAACUUCGUUUCUGGCCUUUACGCGGAAGAGACAUGGCUAGACAAAUAGUUCACAAGUGUUAUAGGUGUUUUCGAUUGAAACCCGUAUCCAUACCGCAGUUCAUGGGAGAACUACCGGCAGCUAGGGUAACAAUAUCUCGACCAUUUUCGAAGACUGGAGUCGACUAUUUUGGACCGAUUUAUCUACGACCUGUACCAAGACGAGCGGCAGUAAAGGCUUACGUUGCAAUAUUCGUCUGUAUGUGCACAAAAGCAGUGCACAUAGAACUUGUUUCAGAUCUCUCGACGGAUCGAUUUCUGCAAGCGCUUCGUAGGUUUAUCUCGAGAAGAGGAAGAUGUACCGAUUUAUAUUCGGACAACGGAACAAACUUUGUCGGCUCUCGUAACAAGCUACUGGAGUUUUUCCGUUUGUUAAAUGACAAAGAACAUCGUGAACAGGUGUCCAAAUUUUGUGCAGAUGAAGGCAUACUUUGGCAUUUCAACCCACCUAGUGCCCCCCAUUUCGGAGGACUGUGGGAAGCUGCGGUCCGUUCGGCAAAACACCACAUUUUGCGAGUCAUUGGGAACACUCCAGUAACACCCGAAGACAUGAGGACAUUAUUGAUUCAAGUAGAAGGAUGCUUGAAUUCAAGACCUAUCACUGCUAUUUCCAAUGAGCCAAAUGAUUUAGAACCGUUGACUCCGGCACACUUCCUAAUAGGAACUUCACUACAGUCCAUUCCUGAACCCAGUUAUCAAAACAUCUCUAUGAAUCGUCUAAACCGGUGGCAAUUAAUGCAACGAAAUCUUCAAGACUUCUGGGCAAGAUGGCGGAGAGAAUACUUGUCGCAAUUGCAAGCUAGAGUCAAACGGUGGCGUCCUCCUAUAAAAGUUGAAGUCGGAAGGCUUGUCAUCAUACAAGAUGAUAACCAACCACCACUGCGUUGGAAAAUGGGGAGAAUCCAGAACGUUCAUCCGGGAGCCGACGGUGUCGUUCGAGUAGUAACACUGAAAACAGCCAGCGGCAUAUUGACUCGACCAGUCGAGAAAAUAUGUCUUCUACCAGCAGCUGAUCUCGCAGACGACAUAGAGUCAGGUGCUUCAAAUAAUUAG